GUUUAUGCCGCAAACAACGCGUUCGAGAAAAAUAAUUUACCAGUAUUUCAUUGCACAAAUUGAAACAGUUCCAUCAUGUCUCGCAAAGAAGCUUUGUCGCAAUUCAUCAACCAAAUCCAUGGCCGCCCUGUUGUCGUAAAACUCAAUAGUGGAGUUGAUUACCGAGGUGUUCUUGCAUGUCUGGAUGGAUAUAUGAAUAUUGCUUUGGACCAAACUGAAGAAUACGUGAAUGGGCAGCUGAAAAAUAAGUACGGCGAUGCCUUCAUCCGGGGCAAUAAUGUGCUUUAUAUUUCAACGCAGAAGAGAAGAGUGUAAUAUUCACUAAGAAGAAAAGAGUGUCAAGAAUAUAUUAAAUAAAAUAUGUAUCUUUUAUUUGGUAACAAGUUA